ACGGCAGAGUUUUAAAAGAAGCACACACAUCCUAAGUCUCACCCCCUCUCUGCAUCUCUCGUGGAUCAAUCUGUAGAAGCGAAGCAAAGCAAGCUUAAGCGGAGUGCUAUAUGUAAUAACUCCACAUACAUGUAACACAGAAAGCAGGUCGAUAUUGAGGUUGUUUAUGAGAGAGGUACCUUCUUUGGGAGAUGACAACACUGAUAUAAGCACGGAAUAUCGCAGCAAGAAACAGGUUGCUCAUAGCCACUAAUAUAUUAGUGAGACUUCCACUUUGUGAGACAGAGAGAUUGAUGGGGGGAGUGAGGCAGUACAUAAGAUCAAAGGCACCACGGCUGAGAUGGACUCCAGAGCUUCACCGCUGCUUUGUGCAUGCUGUCCACCUUCUCGGCGGUCAUCACAAGGCCACACCCAAGAUGGUUCUUCAGCUCAUGGACGUCAGGGGUCUGACCAUUUCCCACGUUAAGAGCCAUCUCCAGAUGUACAGGAGCAUGAGAAAUGACUUGAACAGACAGCAAGAGAGGAGUCAUAGCAGUGCUGGACGAAAAAGACCAUCUUUUGAAGAUGAUGAACCUGAUGGGUGCAUAAUAGUUGAACAACCCGAACCCAGCGACGGAAACGUUCUUCACUCAUCCUCGAAAUCGAUUAAGGAAGACUCAUUGGAAUCAGAUUCUCGGUUGUCCAUGCACUGUGUCUGUGAUUUGCUCCAGCAUAGAGUCGAGAUGACGGCGGCGACAAAUUUGGUGGCGACUUCAUGCACUGAUCUGCAGAUGAUGAUCAAGCCUGAGUACUAUGCAGUGGCACAAUCUGAUUUUCUCCAGAGAGCGAAACCAGAAGAUGUUCAAGAGCAAAUGCUGCGAAAGAACACGAAACGAACAGGCAUGAGGAGAAGUGAUGUCGGAAAACUCAAAGACGUCGACGGCUGUGGCUGCGAGUUGUCGCUGUCGCUGUCGCUUCCAAUGAAUAUUCAACCUUCCUUCCAGGGAAGUAAUGCGUUUUCAGAGAGCGGGAUCAGCGAAGCAAUAUCGUCGACCUCUUCCCCGAAACCGUCCUCAUACUCAUCCUUUGAAGAGCCUUGUGUCAACUUAGAUCUAUCCAUCGCUCAUUGCGGCGCAUAAUUCAUCUGAUCAUAUUUUGUUCCUUCGAUUCUUGCUGUGUUUAGUUCCUUCCCUGAAGCAUUUGUUCUGUAGGUACAAACUUGUUGGCUUCAAAAAAGUGGAUUUUGAAUAGAUUUUCUUGUCCCCAGAAGAGCAACAUCGUCACCAUGUUAAUGGGCUCGUCAUAGUUGCGCUAGUUUAUGUUUUUCGCGCUAAGGGAAGUAAGCAUUGUUUGUCAAUACACUGAGUUCCAAAUCCUGUGCGCUCCGCUGAUGAGCUGUU